UCUAUAGGAGGAGGGCUGCACGAUAUCUUAUAUUCACAAUUUCUACCUCUUUUACCUGAUCUCAUGCUGUUCUUCAAUAAGCUCCAGUGGUGCGAUCAUCGUCAAAUGAUGCGCGAACUAUUUGUUGAAUUGUGUUUGACGGUACCAGUACGGUUAUCCACCCUACUUCCGCAUCUUCCGUUGCUGAUGGAACCUCUAGUGUGCGCCCUAAAUGGUGGACCAAAUCUUGUCCAGCAAGGACUGCGCACUCUCGAGCUAUGUGUAGACAAUCUGCAGCCGGACUUUCUCUUUGAUAACUUCUCGCCAGUACGCGGAGGAAUGAUGCAGGGAUUGUACAAAGUUGUUGGAAAGUCUGGAGACCCUCUAUCCGUAGCUACCGCCGUUAGAGUGCUGGGAAAAUUCGGCGGUGCUAAUCGGAAUAUGUUCACGGAACCUCCGGUAAGCUUUGAUCGCAGCACAAUACAUGCUAGUCAAUAUAAAUGA